AUGGCGUUCCUGUUCAAGUCCAAGAGCAAGCAGGCGUCGGCGAACUCGAGCCUGCCCCAGGCGAGUCGAAACAUUCACACGUCCGAUGGCACGCCCUCCUCAUCAGCCCAAACUGGCACUGGAGAAAAGAACGGAGAACGAUCGACGACGCAAUCGCCUCCUCCGAAUGCGACUAUGAAUCCCAACGGCUCAAUCAGUUCGAUGGGGCCGGCUCUGUCUGGUGCGCCUACAUAUCCCCGGCGUGAAAGGGCCGAAUCAGAGUCUGGGGCCCGCCCUGCAACCGUUGGGUCACAGGUAACCCAGAUCCCCAACGCUGCGCUCUUUCCCUGGUCGCAGCGGCGGUUGAACUUCCCUACUCCUCAAUCAAACCCCUUUCCUCGCUACGGUGCGGCUGUAAAUUCGGUUGCGUCGAAAGAAGGUGACAUCUACAUCAUGGGAGGGCUGAUUAAUGGCUCCAUGGUCCGAGGUGACCUGUGGAUGGUCGAGGCGGGUGGCGGAAAUCUGUCUUGCUACCCUAUCGCAACAGUGUCUGAAGGCCCUGGGCCUCGUGUCGGACACGCCAGCUUACUCGUGGGCAACGCUUUCAUUGUUUUUGGUGGUGACACCAAGAUGGACGAUUCUGACGUCCUUGAUGACACUUUGUACCUGCUUAAUACUUCAUCUCGCCAGUGGUCAAGAGCGUCUCCUCCGGGGGAACGGCCCUCAGGGCGGUAUGGCCAUACCCUCAACAUAUUAGGCUCCAAAAUCUAUAUUUUCGGCGGUCAAGUUGAGGGCUACUUCUUCAAUGACUUAAUAGCUUUCGAUUUGAAUGCCCUGCAGACCCCGACGAAUCAGUGGGAGUUUCUCCUACAAAAUGAGGAUGACAUUGUUGGUCCGAUGGCUGGUAAGGUCCCGCCUCCGAGAACAAACCACACCAUGAUCAGCUACAACGAUCAACUCUACCUGUUUGGUGGGACAAACGGUACGAAAUGGUUCAACGAUGUAUGGACGUAUAGUCCUGUCAGCAAUACGUGGACCCAGCAAGACUGUAUAGGAUACAUUCCAGCGCCUCGCGAGGGUCAUUCAGCCGCGCUGGUCAACGAUGUCAUGUAUAUUUUUGGUGGCAGAACGGAAGAGGGGACGGACCUUGGUGAUCUGGCGGCAUUUCGCAUCAGCUCCAAGCGAUGGUACACCUUUCAGAAUAUGGGCCCUUCUCCGUCACCAAGGUCCGGUCACAGCAUGACCGCACAUCGAGACAAAAUCAUCGUCUUGGCCGGUGAACCUUCCUCAGCUCCACGAGACGUUAACGAAUUGAGCAUGGUAUAUGUCCUUGACACUGCCAAAAUACGGUAUCCCAAUGAUGCUCCGUCUCUUGGUCAAUCCAGCCAUGCGAAGCAUCCCAGCAGUCCAACGAGCAGGCCGAGUACAGAAUCGAGGACUGUCGCGCCACCAAUACGAUCUACGUCGCGAGAGGGACAAGGGAGUCAGGCUGGACAUCGCGAACAAUUUUCUGGUGGUCCAGUCCAACGGCCUGACGGCGCACAGCAAGUCUCACAAUCCUCAAGACUACCACGCGCUUCCAUGGCUCAGGCUCCUGCAUCGGGGCCUCAAGGCCAGGCCGGCCCAUCUCGGUUGAACGGGGUUCAAUCUCCUUCAAAUGGGCCUAGAACUCGGUAUAACGGACCGCCUAUUGACACUCGAGGACCUUCGGUAGGUUCAGAAUCGGUUCGACCGGUGCCCACAGAGACUGUGGUGCAGGCUCCGGCGAUUAGGGAUAUACAGAAAGAGAAUCUUAGACCCAGCAGAGAAGCCAGUCCGAACACUCAUGGCCGUAGGACACCAACCCAGCGGACAGAGAGUAAGGCGAAAGCCAUGGAAGCAGGUGAAGCUGCUCCGUUAGCGGGUGCGGGGGUUGCCAGACAAAGAUCUCUACGGUCACAGCGAGCUCAAAGCUCCAUCGACAGCACGGAGGAUGGAUUGCUCGCUCGCUCAUCUUCUACCCGGCAUCAUGGAGAGACUCAAGCCGAUAAUCGGAGUUUGCGAAGCAUCCCCGAUGAACCGAAAUCUCCCAAAUUGAAUCCCCACCAGGAGGCUCUGCUCAAGGAACUGGAAGCGGCGAAGAAGACAAAUGCCUGGUAUGCUUCGGAACUGGCUCUGGCUCGAAAGCAAGGGUAUCAUCCUGGAACGUCAUCCAGCCCGACUUUCGACGAGCGGGCCGUGGGUCAGGUUGCGGAGGACGACCGCCCGCUGAUGGAAGCAUUCAUGAUUAUGAGAACGGAAAUGCUCAAAAUGCAGGAAGCCAUGGAGGCACAGGCUUCGUCAAUGGCAAGGCGGGUCGCAGAGGUCGAACACCAACGUGAUGCUGCUAUUACAGAAGCUGCAUAUGCAAGGGCCAAAUUAGCCGCCCAUGGUGGAAGUCAACGAAGCACUCCUCAACCAGAUACCGCACGUGACCCUGACGAGCAAGAACGCUUCACAGACCUUACGCGCCGACUUGCACUGGCUCUCGCUGCCCAAUCGGAACAAAAGGCCAAGUUUGAUUCUCUGCACAAUGACCUUAACACUGAAAGGAAAGCCCGGGAGUUCGCAGAAGAGUCCCUGGAAGCGUUACAACGUCGUUAUGAGGAGCUGGGUAAAGGCCGGAACCCUGGUGAGCUGGAGGCCUUGCGCGCCGAGCUUCAUGAAGCUCAAAGCUUAGCACGAGCUGAAGCGGGGCGGAGGGCUGAAGUCGAAGAAGAAUUGCGAACACUUCGAGUUGAGCAUGAUGGUCUGCGGAAAGCUCAUGAGGACACCUCUUCUCGGCUAAGGGACCAUACUGCUUCUAUGGCUGCCCUCGAAGCAGCUAUCGCAGCGUCUAGCAGCAAAGCGAGUCUCUACGAGCGGCAAAUUGAAGAGGAACGUCAGCAAAGAGAAACUGCGGAACAAAAACUGUCACACCUCAAGUCUGAGCAUGAAGACAGGACCAGGGAACUCGAAACCACCUCGAGACGCCUGCGUGACGCCGAAGAACUUGCUGACACACAUGCGAAGGAGGCAGCCACUCACCGUGAGGCUUUGCUUGCUGGUCUCGCCAAGCUAUCAAGCCCCGAAGUGGCUUCGAAGCGCGACUCACUUGCGGAGCAGAAGAUGGCAGCUCUGCGAGAAUCAGCGGAACAAGCCGCAGACUUGGCCAGGCGCAAUCAGGAAGCCGCGGAUCAAGCAGCCCAGAAGCUGCGGAAUGCCGAAGAAAGAAUUGCGGGGCUAGAAGCGUAUCAAGAACAGUCGAGUCGGGAAGCCCUCCAGAUCCGUCGGCAGCUGCAGGCAGCACUGCGAGACUCCCAAAUCUACCAGGCUGAGAUCCGCAAACUGCGAGCCAAUUUUGAGAUCAGCCAGCGCGACGCCAGUGCUCUAGCGGUUCAGCAUAGUGCUCUCAAGGACUUGCUUGGCGAACGCGCCAUGAAUGUGUCCGACAUGAGACGGUCGCCAAUCUUUGACCCCCCCUCGAGUUCGCGGCUAGGCACCCCUGAGCAGACCCGUUUGCGUGAGCUCGAUCAGCAACUCCAAGCAAGUAUCAGGGCGCAUGAAGAGACCAAGGGCCAGUUCGAAGCUCGCAUGCAGGAGGCGGACAGCAGCUACAAGGAGAAACUGGAACAGCUCGAAAACGAUUACCAGUCUGCCGUUCACUACGUCAAAGGGACCGAGAAGAUGUUGAAGAAGAUGAACCAAGAGCUCACCAAGUAUAAAACGCAGAAUUCCCAAUUGACCAACGAGUUGGAAACAGCGCGAAACAGCAAUGCCGCUUCAACGGUGGCUGUCGACACUUCAGCGUGGGAUAAUGAGCGCAAACAGUUGCAAGCAUCCAUUGAGGAGCUGAGGACGCAAACCGGCAAACAGAUCAGUCUUUUGGAAGCCAACCUUGCCUCCUUGAAAUCCGACCUUGCUACCGUGGAGUCCGAGCGUGAUCUACAGAAAGCGAAUCACGAGGAGUUGGUGCGAUCAACCGGAAAAGUUGGCAAGGAGCUAGAACAACUUAAAUCGGAGAAUUCCAUGCUGGAGAAGCGUGCGCAGGAGGCCGAAACUCAUGUCACCAUGUUGCUCGACCAGGUUGCUCAGUCGGUGGGGAACUAUCGGCGACAGUCACAGUUGCAGCCGAUGCCUCAUGGCAUCAAUGGGAUUAGCCACAACCGAGAAGAGAGCACGUCAACAUUGACGGAUGUGUCGGUGAAUGAAGACAUUCUUGGUCGCGAUGAACGUGGAUCUGUGGCUUUGGACAAUUUGGCGUCCGAGCUGGAAACUUUGAAGUCGCAAUGGGAGACCACCAGCAGGAACAACUAUCGGAUUAGCACGCAGUUUGACUCGGAGAGGACGCCGACGACGGAGACUCACGGGACGGGGCUCAGUGAUAAUCUAGCGAAUUGGAGGAGGCGACUUGAACAGGAUGAGAACAGCGGCAGGGAAACUGCGGUUGUCUGA